UUUUUUUUUCAUAAUAAUAAUAAUAAUUAACUUCUAAUUGAUCAAAGCUCUGUUUCCUUUCCCCCCUCUUUUUCCCUUACAUUUUCUGCUUUGAUUACUCCUCGAGCCCCAUCUCUCCGGUUCUGCUUUUCACUGGAUCGUUUAAUCGAAGUUUCUGGAAACGAUGUCGUAUUCGGAUUCCGACUCUUCCUCCGGCGCCGGUGACUACAAGAAUUUCAGGCAAAUUAGCCGUGAAAGGUUAUUAUACGAAAUGCUUCGUUCUGCAAAAAUGAAGGAUUCAAAAUCUACUUGGAAGGUGCUAAUCAUGGACAAAGUUACGGUUAAGAUAAUGUCUUACUCUUGCAAGAUGGCUGACAUCACAGCAGAAGGAGUUUCAUUGGUAGAAGAUAUAUACAGACGUAGGCAGCCAUUGCCUUCGAUGGAUGCUAUAUACUUUAUUCAACCAACCAAAGAGAAUGUUACUAUGUUCUUGUCGGACAUGUCUGGAAGGACACCCUUAUACAAGAAGGCAUUUGUUUACUUUAGCUCACCUAUUUCAAGAGAAUUGGUUGCUCACAUCAAGAAGGAUUCAACUGUCUUGCCUCGCAUAGGUGCAUUGAGUGAGAUGAACUUGGAGUACUUUGCAAUAGACAGUCAGGGUUUCAUCACUGAUAAUGGGAAGGCUUUAGAGGACCUUUUUGGUGAUGAGGAAAAUACUCACAAAGGUGAUGUGUGUUUGAAUGUGAUGGCUACCCGCAUUGCUACAGUUUUUGCUUCAUUAAGGGAGUUUCCUUUUGUUCGCUACCGGGCUGCCAAGUCUCUUGAUCCAAUGACCAUGACCACUUUUCGUGAUCUAAUUCCCACCAAGCUGGCAGCUGGAAUCUGGAAUUGUCUAGUGAAAUGUAAAUCAAUUCCUAACUUCCCUCAGAAGGAAACAUGCGAGUUGCUCAUCCUCGAUAGAUCUAUAGAUCAGAUUGCUCCUGUCAUACAUGAGUGGACUUAUGAUGCCAUGUGCCAUGAUCUACUGAAUAUGGAGGGGAAUAAAUAUGUGCAUGAGGUUCCAAGCAAAACAGGAGGCCCUCCUGAGAAGAAAGACGUUCUUUUGGAGGAGCAUGAUCCAAUAUGGCUAGAGCUUCGCCAUGCACAUAUAGCAGAUGCUAGUGAAAGGUUGCAUGAGAAGAUGACCAAUUUUGUAUCAAAGAAUAAAGCUGCACAACUUCAACAUGGUUCAAGAGAUGGCAGUGAACUUUCUACAAGGGAAUUACAAAAAAUGGUUCAAGCAUUGCCACAAUACAGUGAACAAAUUGACAAGCUCUCCCUUCAUGUAGAGAUUGCUGGAAAAAUCAACCGACUUAUCAGGGAUCAAGGACUUCGAGAACUUGGGCAACUGGAGCAAGACCUUGUUUUUGGUGAUGCAGGAAUGAAAGAUGUAAUUAAAUUUUUUACUACAAAUGAGGAAGCAUCUCGUGAAAAUAAGUUGCGUUUGUUGAUGAUUCUUGCGGCUGUUUACCCAGAGAAGUUUGAGGGUGAAAAGGGUCUUAAUUUGAUGAAGUUAGCAAAAUUACCACCUGAGGAUAUGAAUGCUGUGAAUAAUAUGAGAUUGCUUGCACCACCAUCAGAUACCAAAAAAAGUUCAACAGGUGCUUUUUCUUUGAAGUUUGACAUGCAUAAGAAGAAGCGUGCAGCUAGGAAAGACCGCAGUGGUGAGCAAGAAACAUGGCAAUUAUCACGCUUUUACCCUAUAAUAGAGGAGCUUGUUGAAAAACUUAGCAAAGGAGAACUAUCAAAGGAUGAUUAUCCUUGCAUGAAUGAUCCUAGUCCAACUUUCCAUAGUACAUCUCAAGCAGCAUCUAUACAUGAAGCUACAGUUGCUCAUUCCAUGAGAUCAAGGAGGACACCGACCUGGGCUCGGCCUCGGGGCUCAGAUGAUGGAUAUUCAAGUGAUUCGGUACUAAGACAUGCAUCGAGUGAUUUCAAGAAGAUGGGCAAGCGCAUUUUUGUGUUUAUCGUAGGUGGAGGUACAAGAUCUGAGCUAAGAGUCUGUCACAAGCUUACGGGAAAGUUGAACAGGGAAGUAGUUUUAGGCUCCACAAGUCUCGAUGAUCCUCCACAGUUUAUCACGAAACUGAAGCUGCUGACAGCACAUGAAUUCUCUUUGGAUGAUUUGCAGAUAUAAACCUGGUGGAGUAGGAAGCUAGGAAUGCACCUUUUUGCACCAUCCUGAUUUGUAAUCAUAGAUGUCUCAUUUCAUUAAUACGCCAUUUUUUUAACAUUCAAAUCAAUGGAAAAUGUCUGCCUCUUGAUUGCUGUGGCUGUGCCUGUCAAGCCUCGUCAGUAGCGUCACAGUUUUACCUGGCUCUUCGUUCUGGUUGUGUAUUGCAACGGAUGUGCUGGAAGCCACCAAGAAAUUCACCUGUAUUAUAUUAUUGUAAUUGAUAGGAUAUAAUUUUCUGAAUUUUGAAAUUUUAAACAUAGUGAAGCCUAACACCAUUCUGCUUAUGAAAAACUUAAAUGCUUUUAAAUGCCUCCGAAUGUACAAAUCUUGGGCACAACCAUGAUACAAGAGAAUAAUGAUUUGUUAAGAGGAAAGUGGUUUACCGGUGGACAGCAAUGCCUAGCACUGAUUCAAAACUUAAUUUUUAUAAUUUAAUUUCUCCUUUUUUAAUAAGAAACAAUGCUUUUGUAGUUCCUAUUUCUGUUUUGUUUCCAAAAUUAGGUUUCUUUGGAGAAGGCCUGCUUCUUCAAAGCCUUUUGAACGGCAUUGAUUCAACAUUUUAUCCAAAGGAGGCAUUGUCGCGAAGAAUUUCCGAACCAAUUUAAAACAAUGUCGAAAGAUCCAAUUGAACCUUUUACUACAACGGCAAAAAACAAC